AAAAAGUUAUAUGGGAAAAGGGUUGAUUUAGCGCCACCGGUACAUUGGCUCCCCCUACUGGCUAAAGUCAAAAGUGCUGCACCUUGUUAAGCUUCCCAAAUGUUUCAAAUGUGAGAACCACGUGGGUGUGCUUGAUUAUUAUUUUUUAUUAUAGUUUUUUUAUUUUUUAUAUUGUCAAUUUCUAAAAAUCUAUUUUAGUUAAUUCGUGUAGUUUAUUCUGCAUGUAUCCUUUGUUUGAUUUAAGUUUUCUCGGAUAAGGUUUGCUGCCCUCCUGUGGCCAAUUUAGUGUAUUGCAAUAUCCUGUUUUAAUGCUUCUUUUGAUGGUUUAUUCUUUAUUCUUAUCGCACCGUUUCGGCUCAAAACUUUCACGUAAACCAAUAACUAUAAACGUUUUUUUUUUCUGGGAGGUCAGAAGUUGUUGGGCGGCUCUGUCAGUCGCGAUGACCUCAGUGUAACAUGACACAUCGAGCGGGGAAGGGCUGGAUGAGGAGUUUAUGGGAUGAACAAGCCCAACCCUCCAGGUCCCAGCCAGGUUGAAGUCUGCAUUUCUCUCUCGGGUGGGGCUGGUGACUUUAUCUCUUGGCUUUUUGGAUUCCGAUCGUUUAGUUGAACGCAGGACCCGCCGCGCACAGACUUUCCUCUACUUCCACGCUCUCUUAUCGGCCGGACAUGUUUCGCUGUGGAAUCGCAUACCCCCGCUGCAGGUGGAUCGUUCCCCUGUUGCUGGUCUUCGCUAUCAUUUUUGACAUCAUCGCCAUCGCCGCCAAGUCGGGAUGGGUGGAGGACGAGGACGCCAAGAGCCACUACGCCAACAUGUGGAACGAGUGGCGCGGCCGCGGGGGCAACUGGGACAGCAAGAGCCUGAUGGAGUACUCAUGGGCCCAGGCUGUUGCUGCCCUGAUGAUCAUUGGUCUCAUCCUCCUCAUCAUAGCCUUCAUCGUAGCUGUGGUGGCUAUGUGCAGAGUUGAUACUGGGGCCAUGAUUGCCACAGCAGUAUUCCUGGCUAUUGUUGUGAUAUUCCAGAUCAUCGCUCUGAUCAUCUACCCCGUCAACUUCAACGAGCGCAUUUUCGAGGGCCAGUACUACUACACUUGGGCCUACGGUUUUGGCUGGGGCGCCACCAUCCUCAGCCUGGGCUGCUCCAUCCUGUUCUGCUGUCUGCCCAAGUACGAGGCCGAGCUGAACGGCGACGAAAAGAUCAAAUACAUUUACCAGAGUCAAUAAAGACAACAAAAUCCGCCGCCUGGCCGCCCGGUCACUGCUUCCUGAAGUUACCAAAGCUCCACAUUAAAUUCAUCAACCAAAACAUCCCAGAGGGAACUGGAUCACGCCCAGCGCUCACUUUUAAGUUAGCCAACUAUCCCUCAAAUGUUUAUUUUUUUUGGCUAUUUUAUCUGCUUAUUGUCUAAAUUUUCACCCAAGUGCUCUUAUCUUGAAAGAAGUAGACGGUGUUCUACUGGAUUCCAACACAUAUCAUAAAAAAGUAGAAAUGAUGGAAGUGCUCCUCUGCGUGAGGUAAAAGGGAUCCACUGUUAUCAGAAAAGGCUCUAGCCGCCAUUUUUGCACCUUGUCGUGUGUCUCCUUAUGUACUAUAUGGUAAAAAGAACUCCAAAAUUAAGAAAGUGGUGAAACUGGGAGAUCUUUGAGUUGUGUGUGGAUUUUUGUUUUUUUAGUUUUGCAAGAUAACGUUUGGGUGACACAGAAAUGUUUGUUUUACUUUGAUGCCGUGGCCUUUUUCUGAAUUUGUAAAGUUUGCCUAAAAACUUGUAUUUUCUUUAGUCUUUUGCAGUAUUCUCUUCGUUUUAAUACUUGUAUUUAAAGUUGUAAAUGAAGCGAAUUCUUUUUCUUUUUCAAACUCAAACCAGCUGAUUGUUAAACGAGUUAUGGGAUAUAAUUUUAGUUUAAAGGGACCAAUAUUUUUACUGUAUCUAUAUUUUGUCACACAUUUCAUAUGUUCUCAAGCCUUACAGUAGGUGCUCAACCACCUCAUUUGUUUAAAAAAGUGCCUUAACUUCAUCCUUUUUUUUUUUUUUUUUGCUGGUUUGUCUGGUUGUACCAACUGUUCUUGUAAAGCAAUAAUUGAGCUCAAACAUCAACGGAAUUAAACGUUUUUCAUUGGAAUACAGGAAAUGGUUCUAUUGUAGUACAUUUUAGGAAGUCUACUAACAGAAAUACCCAAAAUUAUAGUUUAAAAAUCUAAUUUAAACAUGUAUUUUUCUGCCAUAACACAUAAUCAUCUUUUAUUCUUUUUUAUUUUCCAUAACUGGGUAAAUACUGUACUAAAAGAAGAAAUUCACUGGAAAUCUCCCAGUUUUUUUCUCUGCUGUAAGAAUUAUUUUUGCUAGUUUUGUGUAUUUUUAUGAAAUAAACAGUUCUUGCUUCGAAA